ACGCUGUUUAACCGCCGACGCCAUUUGCUUAAAGUGUGCAGUGCUAUUGUUUUUAAGUCGAAAGACAUAACUCGUGCAGUGAUACUCGUAGUGUGUAAUUUUAAGCCACAUAGUGAUUUAUAGCAUUUGUAUUUUCUUGCAUUUGACAAGUUUUGACAAUGGAGCUGAACGAGCUAAUAGCCGCGCGAGGCUACGUAAAAGGUACGAUUACACGAUUAACUUCACUUGUUUCGACACCGCAGUCAGUUAAAAACUUGUCUAAAGAAAACUUAAUGGCUAAGAGGCAAAAAUUGAUCGACUCCUUUAGUCAAUACGAAAAGUUCAAUAUAAAGAUUUUAACUAUCCAACCAGAUGACAAGGAGGAUGUUGAACUUUUUGAGGAAAACUAUUACAACAUCAUUUCAGUAAUUGACCAAGAACUUAACAGCCGUGAUAAUAAGAAUCACUCAGCUCCAAUGUCCAAAUUGCAUUUACCACCAAUUGAUGUACCAAUAUUUAGUGAUGCAUACACGUCACGCGCAUUUCAUAUGGAAAGAGAUGCCACGAAGGAGCCAACUAUCAACACCUUCCUUGAAUACUUGGAUAAGAGAGCGCUGGCGCUUGAGAAUGCUGAUCCAGGCUUCCACGGGCAGCAACGCCAGCCGCAAAAGGAGCAAGGCAAUGCCGUUGGUAGGAUGGUAGCCUACACAGCUGCGCAGGAGCCUACAUGCUUAUACUGUGCUGCUGCCUACAGAGCUGCCGGUGCUGCCUGAGCGCCAGCAGUCUGCAUCAGAGGCCGGCACACGUCUUAUCAACACUUAUUUUGGAUAUAUAAUUGGAGGUACCCUACCACAUAUUUCAUCUAAGGUCUGCAACAAGGUAACGUUAAAGUGUACUACUUGUGAGUCUGACAUUAAUGAAACCUUAAGUAAAUUUUGGAAAACAGAAAGCGUUCCUCAGAUCUAUGAUGAAAGGUCAUCAGAGCAAGAGCUCUGCGAGUAUAUUUUUAAAAGUACUGUUCAGAUGAAAGAAAAUUGUUUUGAAGUCUCUUUACCUUUAAAAUUACCUCUUGAUGAAAUCAAUGAUGCGCUAGGUGAUUCCUUUAAUUUUGCUUUAAAAAGGUUUUUAAACUUAGAGAAAAGGCUGCAUAAUGAUCCAUAUCUUUUUAUUGAGUACCAAAAAUUUAUUCAUGAUUAUAUUAACUUGCAACAUGGCCAAUAUGUAGAUAUUGAACUGUAUGAAUUGAAUAAAAAUGCAGUUUAUUUCUUGCCUCAUCAUGCAGUUUUAAAGCCUGACAGUAAAACUACUAAAUUGCGUACAGUUUUUGAUGGUUCCAUGAAGACUAACAAAAAGGUGUCUUUAAAUGAUUUGCUUUUGAAUGGGCCGACUGUACAAAGAGAUUUGUUUGAAAUUUUAUUACUGUUUCGUUUUGGCGAUUUUAACUUUACUUCCGACAUAAAACAAAUGUUUCGAAAUGUGCGUAUUAUACCGGAGCAUGCUAGUUUGCAAAACAUACUAUGGAGGGAUAGCCCUGAUGAACCUAUUAAGUGUAUAAGAUUAGACACGGUUACUUAUGGGUUAAAAAGUUCAAACUAUUUAGCAACUCGCUGUCUGAAAGAAUUAGCAAUGCAACAUAAGCAUACCUAUCCUCUGGCUUCAUUUAUUAUAGAGAACUGCACAUAUGUUGAUGAUAUCCUGUAUGCAAAUAAUAAUUUAGAUAUUAUCCUAGAGGCAAAAUCACAACUUCGCAAGCUCCUAAGCUUAGGUAGUUUUCACACACAUAAAUGGUCAUCCAAUGAUAAUAGGAUACUGACUGACAUUCCCUCAGCUGAACGCCACUUUGAUGAUAUAGAGCUUCAGCAAGACAACUGCCUGUUAAAGACGUUAGGUUUGAAAUUAAUAGUUAAAGAUGACAAGUUCGAAAUGUCUUGUCCAGAGCCAUAUAAUAAUAAUAAUUGCACAAAAAGAGACAUUCUUUCAUAUAUUGGGAAAAUGUAUGAUCCCAUGGGAUUUGUUAGUCCUAUAAUUGUGCAAGCAAAGGCUAUCAUGCAAAGGUUAUGGGUUUCUAAAACCGCCUGGGAUUCCACGCCUGAUGAUGACAUUAGGCAUGCGUGGCAUGAGUUUUCCGCUGCAUUAGCUAUGAUGGAGCCAAUUUAUAUUCCUAGAAAUAUACAUGUUAAUAAUACAGAUAAAAUUGAAUUGAUAGGAUUCUCAGAUGCAUCCAGUUCUACGGCAUAUGGAUGCUGCGUGUACAUGCGAGUUACAGAUAUUAAUGGUAAUGUAAAAAUGCACUUGCUAUGUUCAAAAUCGCGCAUCAAUCCGCUUCAGGACAAAAACAAGACUGUGCCGCGCUUAGAGCUUAACGCAGCCCUGCUACUCUCUAUUCUUAUGUCAAAGGUCUAUUGCACGCUAAAAUUAAUACAUAAUAUAAACAAUGUUUACUGUUUUACUGAUUCAAAAAUUGUACUCGCAUGGUUGCACGCAGAACCCAUGAAACUUAAUGCAUACGUCGCGAACAGGGUUAAAGCGAUCACCAAAAAUCUAUCUGUUUGUCGCUGGCUUUAUGUAAACACUGAAAACAAUCCUGCGGACUAUGUAAGUAGGGGCGUUUCACCCAGUGAGCUUCACGAUUGUCGCAUGUGGUGGGAUGGGCCUGAAAUUUUGCUCGAUAAUAAAUACAAUUUUGACUCUGAAAUAGAUUUACCUGCAAACUUACCUGAGACCAAGUCCGGGUCAGCAUUCUCUACCAGUCAACUCUCCACAUACACGGGUGACAUUUUUGAUCAUUUACGUAAUUAUUCUAGCAUACACGGGAUGGUACGUACGUUGGCUUAUGUAUUGCGGUUUGUAAACAACAUAAAAGGUGACAAAAUAUCUUACAAUUAUUUGUCAUCUUCUGAAUUGAAUAAUGCUUUAUUGUUGAUAAUUAAAAAUGAACAAGAAUUAUAUUUUAAGGACGAAAUUUCAUGUUUAAGAAAUAAUAAACCUGUUAAGGGUCCCUUGCAAAGUCUAUGCCCAUUUUUAGAUUGUAAAGGCAUUUUGCGUGUUGGCGGCAGACUACACCAUUCUAAUAUUCCAUAUGCACAUAAGCAUCAGGUUAUUUUGCCCAAAAAAUGUCAUAUUACUGAUUGUAUUAUAAAGUCUGAGCAUGAAAGAUUGUUACAUGCGGGACCGAAGCUAUUAUUGUGUAAUUUAAAUCAAAAAUUUUGGAUUACAAACGGUUUAAUGUAUGUUAAAAGAUUAACUAAGGAUUGUGUAUUAUGUUUCAGACACAAGGCUAGUGCCUCCAAGCAGUUGAUGGGUUCCUUGCCAGCCGAUAGAGUGACCGCUAUGAGUCGCCCCUUUGAAAAGGUUGGAGUGGAUUUUGCUGGGCCUAUAAAUGUAAAACUUUCGCGCGUGAGACGCUCCCUGGUGGGUAAAGGCUAUAUCUGCGUAUUUGUAUGCUUUGCUACAAAAGCGGUUCAUCUUGAACUCGCAUCAGAUCUUACCACAGAAACCUAUCUAGCGUGCCUCAAACGACUUAUCUCUAGAAGAGGAUUGCCCAGGGAAAUCUACUCUGACAAUGCUAGCACCUUUAAAGGCGCACGGAACCAAUUAGCUGAGCUCUAUUCACUGCAGGCAUCUGGUAGUCACCAAAAUAAAGUAUGUCAAUUUGCUGCCAAUCAAGGCAUAAACUUUCAUUUUGUUCCGGCCUACUCGCCUACAUUUGCGGGACUUGCAGAGGCUGCAGUGAAGAGCACUAAAUACCACUUAAAAAGAGUGUUACAAUCACAAUUGUUAACUUAUGAACAGAUAAAUACAAUCUUAAUUGAAAUUGAAUGUAUAUUGAAUUCAAGACCACUUAUUCCAUUGUCAUCAGAUGUAAAUGAUUUUAGUUACUUGACACCGGGACAUUUUUUAAUAGGAAAUUCACUAACAAUGUACCCUGAAAAUGAUGUAACAAAUAUUCCUUCUAACAGACUUAAAUUUUGGCAGCUAUGUAAUCAAAUUAAACAAUCAUUUUGGAAAAUGUGGUACAAGCAAUAUCUUAAUAGUUUGCAAAAUAGGCCUAAAUGGCUAGAUGUUUUACCCAAUGUAAAGGUAGGCACAAUUGUAAUUUUGAAAGAGGAUAAUGUACCUGUAAUGUCUUGGCCCAUGGCUAGAGUUACAAAGGUUUUUCCUGGUCAUGAUGGCCGCGUAAGAGCGGUAGAAGUAAUAAGGUCUAAUAGAAAGAGCCAUGUGCGCUCUAUUCGUAAAAUCUGUAUCCUACCUAUAGAUGAUAAUAAUUAAUUUUAAGUAACGUUAAUUUUUAAGUAACGUUAAAUAUUAUUCGUAAUAUCUGUAUUCUACCUAUGGAUGAUAAUAAUUAAUUUAUAAGUUAAUGUUAAGUACUAACUAGGUAACAUAGUGACAAAUAGGUUGCCUUGUAGCGCUGUACUCCCAUUUUUUUGUUUUCCCUUUGGACAUCGUUGUUCAUUGAGUAGUAACUAAGCUUUGUAUAAGUAAAAAUGUAUUCACCUUUCAUAUGAAACUUAAUAUCUUAUGUAAGUCCAUACGUCGUGCGUCACAGUUCCUUUUUUAAUGUAUUAUAGCUCGCUGUUAUUGGUAAUUGUAACUUGCUUAUAAAUAAGAGUUCUCUCCUUUUGUAGAGGUGGAGCAUGUUGGGUUCCAACACUAAAACUCAUUCAUUCCUUCAUUCGUUCGAUCUUGUGACGUAUGUAUUUGAGCGCCUUUCGCGCCCAGUAGCGUUUCGUACUCCGGCCAUUACACUUGUGAUUGUGUGUAUUAAACUGUGCAGACCUGGCAAUAAACUUAAUUAGUGAAA